AUGUGCAUGCAAGAGAAAGAAGAAGUGGCGGCUAUGUCUGUGGCGGCGGGGCCAAGCGGCGGGGGAGCGGCGGCGGCAGCUCCGCGACGCACAGGAAAGACUAGCGGCGGUGGUAACAGCGGCGCAGCCGGCGGCGGUGGCGGUGGUGGAAGCGGCAACAGCAGUAGCAGCGGAGGAGUUAGCAGCGCCCAGAAUUCUGCCGGCGGCGGCACCCGCGAGAAUCACAGCGGGUCGAAAAACAAUGCCGGGCCGAAAAAGAAGACCGUCGUCAAAGGUGAAGAGUUGAAAGCGAGGAAGAGGGUGCGCACGUCCGAGAGUGGUGGAGGCGGCGGCGGUGCUUGGUCAUCGACGAAGAAGGCAUCCGCAGGAGCCCGCGCGACACCGAUUGAGGCAGUGCGAGCGUCCGCCGUCGAGUCUGCUGUACCGGGAGCGUUAAAACGGGCUCGCAUUGGGCCGAGAUUGAUCGGGAAAGAGGUGCUCGUGUCGGACGGGGUAGCGGUGGUGUUGACGGGAGUGGUGACGGCGAUCGAGGCCGGACAAGCACGUCUUCACUACAAAGGCCGGAAGGCGAAACUAGACGAGUGGAUCGACGUCCGCUCGGAGAGAUUCCUCUCUGCGACCGAGGCGAAGAAGCAGAUCGAACUCACUCAAUUGGCCAUGAACCCUUCUGCCGGCCAUGUCACCGGCCCUUCCGGCGGCCCUGCUGGAAAGAAAAGAAAGGCCGUGCCCGGCGGCGGCGGUAGCGAAAAAACCGGCGGCAGAUCCAGUGGAAAGCGUGCGAAGAAAGGGGGCGACGGUGAUGGCAUCGAGAAGGCCAGGAGUAAAAAGGACAGCGACAAGAAGCUCGGUGACGGCAAGACUGGAACGGCCGGCGGGGAGAACAAGGCGGGCCCCACGAAAGCCAAGACCAAGACAGCGGGCGACGGGACAAACGCGAACGCCACCGGGAACCGGAAGAAGGACGGGAAGACGGUAGCAUUUAUCAGCAAGAAGCACCGCAGCGGGGAGAAAAUCGCGAACGGGGCCAAGGAGGCGGCGGUAAAAAUCUCCUCCCCAAGUCGAAAAAGUAAGACGAAAACGGGCAAGAUGCGGGCGGUCGGGGGGUGCGAAACAGGCUCGAAAAGCAAAGCGGGGGGCAAGAAAGCAGGGGAACCCGACAUCCGGAGCAACGGCUCAAGUCAGCUGAAGAGCGCCGGCGGCAAAUCUAGUAAAGCUGAAGCGCUUGGCAAUGGGAGCUCCACCGGGAGAAGCAGUGGUGGCGGUACUACCAGCAGCAAAACCAAGCACCAUAGUGAUAAGAAGGUGACAAAGAAAAAGCCCAGAAUGGGCUUGUCCAUCAAGCCCACAGUUAUCCCCCCGCCUGUCGUCGUCCAGAGAGAAGUUCCCGACCACCACGUGAUAUCGAACCGGCGGGCAGUGGUACUCGCCCGGACUUUCGCCAAGGAGACCGAGGAGGCACAGAAAAAUUUCGAAGAGGCUGUUGCCGCCGCAGAGCGAUCGCGGGUUGCUCGUGAGCAGCGCCUGAAGACUUCCUCCUCUCGAGUCCUCCCGCGCCCGCCAGCGUCUCAAGGCGCUGCUUCAUCCUACGCUGCUAAAUCAGUCGGAGGUGGCGGUGGCAGCGCCAAUGAUCCCACGGCUACGGCUACCGCCGUGUCUUCAGGUCCAGGCCGCCGCUGUGUAUGGCCAGAUCUGGGUUUCGGUGGUCAGCCGUGGGGUCUGGGACCGUUCUAUCGCGAAGCGGAAGCCGAAGGGGGGGGCUCGUCUGCGAGCCUCGAUCCCACAAUCGACAGGAAACCGUCGCUGUCACCAUCGUGCGCCUCUUUCGCGGAAGGAGGGUCCAGCCACUCGAGAAAGCCUGGAAAGCAAGGCAAGCUUGAGCACAUCGAUGGGCACGCACAGGGGUGUGUGGCGGAGCUGGGGGAAACACGGCAGGGCGAUGGGAGUGCCGCGAGAUCGCCAGUCGGGGCGGCAUCAGCGUCGGCGGAGAUUCCGACAAAACCGCCUCGAGCGCUGAGGGAAGUACGCCGGGCAAGGGUAGACGCCGGAGAGGCGGUUGACCUCGGGGAAGACGCGGCGUUCCGGAAAUGGCUCGGGCGACUCCGAGCUAUUCAGGAUAUACCGGUAGGCCACGUGGAGAAGUGCUCCGGUUCAUUGGCCGUGCUCCUCGGGACAUCGCCGCCGGAUGGGUCGGUGAGGGCUUCCGUCCGGGCACUUCUGGUUGCCGAGACCCUAAGGGGUGGCGCCAGCCACGAGGUUGCGACUUUCGUACGGAGUCUCGCGGGUUUGAUGGCAGACGCCGCGUCGAAGGCAAGCCCUUCGAAGUCGGCGGCAUCCACACCAACUGUUGGAAACCCAGUGAUACCGUCGGGCGGUGAUAGCCAUGACAACGCGCAGUUUUCGCCUGGCAAGGAUGAAGUGUGUGUGGACACCUUGGAUUUGGAUGCCAAGAAAGGUCACUGUGCGGUUGGAGACAACACGGAUCCGGCAGCAGUGUCCAUCCGGGACAAGGAGGGGGCCGCUGCCUACGCCCAUGCUCUGGCGUAUCUGGCGCGUUCGAAACGCAAGCAAGACAGGGCGGCGGCGCUAUCGAUACGAGAGAAAGAAGAGGCCGAGGCUGUGGCGGCGGCGGCUGCUGCAGCACUCGCGGAGGCCCAAAGCAGCAAGAAAGGAUCGCUUGGCGGUCCGCCGGUAGACUUGUUGGCGCGCUGGGAGAAGGUCGGAGCUGUUGCAGUCGCCCAGCCAGUACCAGGUGCGGGUGGCGACGACGACGACGAGGAGGUGAUGGUUGACUGA